AUGGCUGCAUCACUUCAAGCCUCAGUUGACUCACUUCAAUCCUCGUUACAAACCCUCGAUUCAUCCAUCUCCACUCUCGACUCCGCUGUUAGCGACUUUCCCCGAUUGUGCAAGGUCUUGCAGACAACGCGGCACUUUGAACUCCUUCCAGAACCUACUCUGCGCGAAGCACAGCAGUUACUCUUGGAUGAAAUCACACCGAGCAUCGCGCAUCUAUUAUCCUUAGCCUCAAACCAUGUCGAAAAGCUCUCCCGUCGCGAACAGGCACUCAAAGCUAAAUGCGAGCUCCAGGAGGGCCGCCUUCACUCCAACGACAGCCAUCAAUCCUCGAGUCGCGGUCUGGGCGCCAUGCGCGAUCGACACAGACAAGACGCUGGUAGUGCUGUCGCAAAAGCAGCGGAAUACAGACGACUCGUCCAGAAGAAGGAACGGCUGAAGUACACGGUUGAGCGAUUGGAGCUGCAGAGUCAGCAACGUGAACGUCAGCUGAGGAAAAACAGUGAAGCUGCUGGUUAUCUGCGACUAUGCGAUAGCACCUAUGAGGACGCGAGUCCACCCCUCUAUUCCGAGGAACAGCGCGUCUGGCGGGCCCGACGAUCAAGGCAGCAUGCCUUUCGAUCACUACCGAGCGGACUUUGCGAGAAGCAGCAACUUGCAAACGGCGAAAAGGGCGCCUAUGCCGACUUGGGCUGA